GGACGUGUCCGCCCGCCGCACGAAGAAAGCUCCCGGCCAGUCCCAUGGGGCGCCGGGCUUCCAGCGCGCUCCCCCCACCAAUCAAUCGCCAGCAGCCGCGACGCGAUCGGGUCCGUGGGACAAUGGGCGGCGGCAAGAAGAACAGGGGCGCGGCGAGAGGUGCCGACGCCGCCGCGCGGCCCGCGGCGAGCUGCAUGGCCGCCGCCGUCGUCCUGCUCGUCGUGGCGUCGGCGCUCCUGUUCCUGCUCUCGCCGCCGACGGCGCCGGGUGGCGACGGGGCGGAGGGCCCGCCCCGAGAGCCGGUGGAGCUAGCGAUCGGCAUCGCCGGACACGAGGGCUGGCUCGACGCGCUCCGCACAUGGGCGAAGCUCGCGUGCUUCAAGCUCCGCCGGGCCGACCAGCGGUACGACGUGCUGCGUAGCCCGGCGUCGGUGAAGGAGGCGGCCAAUGAGAGCCUGGAGAUGGGCAAGGAGGCGGUGAAGCACUCGGCGGAGUCGGCGGCAAGGGCCACGGAGGAGGCCCUGGAGAGGACCACGGAGAAGGUCAAGAGAAAGGUCUCGCUCUCGAGCUCGCCAUCGGCGCGGCGCCGUAAUGGAGACCUCUGAACCAAACUUUUUGUUCUUUUUCUCAAAAAAGCUUUGAGCUCUGUACUGACCCUGUACUCUGUAGCGUGUAAAAUUGUCAUGAAUGUACUGUACCACGACUCCACAUCGUACUGCAAGCUGCGGCGUGCAAUCUUUUUCCUGUAGAGUGUUGCGACGUGUAAACUUUUUUCCUGUCCCAUGUCUGUAUGAGAUGUUAACUUGCUGUGAUGCAGAACGAUGCGUGCAAAUUCAGACAG